GGCAAAGCACCGGGUUUAAACCCGGUGCUUUGGUAAAAACCCAAUAAACACCCAUAAACUCCCAUAAUCACCCAAAAAAAUAGGUUUUUACGUAUUUUUUUGAAAAUAUGUAAGUAAUACCAAUAAAUUAUUUUUAUAAAUUGUAUUGAUCAAUUCUACAAUAUUAAAUAAAACGUUAACUAAUAAUAUUUCAGGAAAUUUUAAAAAUCUAUAUAUAAUAAAAUGAAAGUAAUUAAUUUUCAGUGUUUUCAUGUUGCAGUUGAUCAACAUGUUGGCCUUUUGCUUCCCGUAGAUACUUUAAAAUUUCUUCAUAACACCUCGUUCGCACACAUGGCCGUAUAUAUUUAAAUUCUUGAGCCACUAACAGUCCGAAAUACUCAUUUCUUUUAUCCUCUUCUCCAUAAAUUAAGCAUUUAGAACAGUUUGUUUCUUCUUUCAGUAAAUUUUCUUUUACUUUAUCCUCGUUUUUUUUCUUUGUUGCGACGACGCUGGGUAAAUCAUCUGGACACUGGGUCUCACUAUCGCCAAAUAUAUUUGGAUAUCGGCUUCGGCUACGGCUUGGCAGACAUUUUUUUCUUUCUACAAUUUUAAAUUAAAUUUAUUAGAAUAAAUGCUUCGAACACACGCGAUCUAAGUACCUUUUGUGUUUAUUAUACCUUACCUACCUAGGUAUAAAAAGAGUACUUACGUAGAUUUUCUUUUAUUAACUGUUUUAUACGAAGAUCUUGAUCUCUCAAAUUAGCAUCCAUUUUACUUCCAGUGAUUAUCAACUAAAUUAAUAAUCCACAAAGUAUUAAAUAACGUUUUUAUGAAAUAUUUAGCACAAAAACAAUACCCUUUAAAUAUCGAUCGUCAGUAACUGUGGCUGACUUACCUAUAUUCUAGCAAGCAGGACUGCCAGAUGUGAAGGGGAAAUCCCCAAUAAAUUGUUGCAUGUGACUGAUGAUGUGAGCAUGUUCGUUUCAUAAUAAAAAUGUUGCCAGGUAACCAAAAAGUCGAAUGUUUUUGUGCGAAUUACGAUCAUAAUCUUUACGAUCGUACAUUAAAAAAUAGACAAAUAAUAGUAUGAGUACGAUUUAAAUCGUAUAUCUGUCAACCCUGCUAGCAAGACAGCGACAAAAUCACGUUGCAUAACAAUGUAGCCCAAGCUUAUAUCUUAUGAAAUAUACGGAAGAGAUACGGACUUAGAAAAAACAGAAAUGUUGUUCUUUGUGGAAGUCAUUGAUGAAAUUCUAUGUAUUUUAGCCCGCAAACUUUCUUCAAACAAAAACAGCGCCAUCUAGUAUCGAGUUCUGUAAUUAUCUCUUUGUUUAUGCAUUUGAAGUAAGACCGCCACGCAUGCAAUACAUUAUGACUGGGGAUUCCCCUAUUCGUCGACGCUGAAUAUGAGGCGACGACAAUCACUGUCAAACGUGUUCACUAUUACUCUGACUCUAGUAACGUGACUUCCUGGUAACGUGUUAGGUAGGAAAAGCAGUAAAAAAGUGCAUAUUAAGGGAGCAGAUUUGAAAUAAUAUUUAUACUUAACAAGAAAUAAUUAAAGGUUCAAUGGGGAGACCUAAAGAUUUACGCAUAUGGGAGCACUACCGUACUUUACCAAACAAGUCUGUUUCUUGCAAGCUUUGUAAUAAGGUCUACAAAUUCAGUAAUGCUGCCAAAAUGCUUCAACAUCUUAUCACUUGUCCAAAAUCUCCAGAAACAUUAAAAGACUCUAUGAAACUUAUAAAAGAUAGCUCGUCCAAAACCAAAAUGUCUGGACUGUCAGAGAUAGAGACAAAUGAUUCUUUUAUAAGCCCCUCGUCGUCUGCUAACACUACAAUAAAUGCUGAGUUUCAAGACACCGAUGAUCAUAUAAAAACAGAAUUAGCGAGAGCUAUAUUUGUAACAAGGACGCCAUUAUCGAUGGUGCAACAUCCUUUAUGGAUACAAUUUUUCGAAAAAUUGCAACCAAAAUUUAAAAUACCUUCACGUAAAGCUUUAGCGACAAAAUACUUAGAUAAAAUAUAUAGAGAAAUGCGUUUUGAGUUAAAUGAGGAACUAAAUGCUUGUAGUUACUUACACCUUCAGUGCGAUGGCUGGUCUAAUUUAAGAAAUGAAGGAAUAAUAAACUUUCUUAUAUCAAAACCUCAACCUGCAUACGUUAAAAGUUUGAAUACAGAAAGUAAUCCUCACACUAGUGAAUACCUUAGCCAAGAAGUUGAAAAAGUAAUGAAAGUGUAUGGAGCAAAUAAGUUUCUUGUACUUAUUGGCGAUAACGCUAGAAAUAUACAAAAGGCAUUCGAAUUAACAAAACUCAAAUAUCCACAUGUUGUUCCUCUCGGUUGCUGUGCACAUAUCCUUAACUUGUUGUGCCAAGAUAUUGUAAAGAUACAAGAAGUAACUGUGUUUAUUAUGCAAGCCAUAAAUAUAAUAAAAACUGUUAAAAGGAGUCAACGAUUAAGUUCCUUGUUGAUAAAAUCAAGGCAGGGUGAAGAUUCUACACAAACACUAAAAUUGCCUUGUGCUACAAGAUGGGGAAGUCAUGUUACUUCGUUAAAAAGUUUGAAAGCAAAUAAGAUAGCUUUGCAAAUAUUAACAGUUAGAGAAGAUGUGGUAAUUUCAAGAGAUAUUAAAGAUUUAAUUCUAAGUGAUGAUUUCUGGACGAAGACAGGGGAAUGUAUAAGUAUUUUGGAACCAGUCACUGAAAGCAUAUUUUACUUAGAGAGCGACCAGAAUCGUUUGCAUCGCACAUACAUUACAUUUAGAGAUGUACAAGCUAAGAUACGUUUUGCAUUAAAUGAGAUUUCGACAUUGAGCGAAGAAAGCAAACAGCAGAUUCUAACAUCAGUAUCUUCAAGAUGCAAUAUGGCAAUGAGGCCAAUACAUUUUGCAGCAUAUAUUCUAGACCCCAGGACUCUAGGAGUCGAACUUACUCAAGAGGAAGAACUUAAGGGUAUGGAGUUUAUCUACAAUUUAAGCCAACACUUAAGUUUGUCAAAUGUAAUGGCAGAUUUGGCGUGUUAUAAAGCUAAAGAAAACUUUUGGGCCAGAGGAUUUGUAUGGAGCUCAUUAGAUAGCAUUGAGCCCCUAAUAUGGUGGAAAGGUAUUUGUGGUUCCACUGAGUUAAGCAAAGUAGCGAUUCGUAUUCUAUCAGCUCCCUGUACUUCGGCAGCCACUGAGCGUUCCUUUAGUAUCCAAGGCUACAUACAUAAUAACAAAAGAAAUCGACUUACAACUGAAAGAACUGAAAAAAUUUCAUUCAUUUGUUAUAACUGGAAUCUUAAACAUAAAGCUGAAUGCGAGGACAUUCAGUUUAAUGAAGAAAAUACCUUAGAAGCUUUCAUUGAGCAAGUAAAUGAACAUAACAGUUUAGACGAAAUAGAGCCUAUCGAACCUAUACAAUUCAUCGCUUGUAAUAACUCUGAAUCUGACAGCGAUUGACUGUAGUUUUACAUUUUACUUUCAUCUCUUUCUUAAUAAACUCAAAAUCAAAUUAAAAGUUUUUUAUUCUGUAGGCUGCAUAAUAAUAUUGUCUAUGUCCAGUAUAGUGGACGUCUUGCGGCUGAGAUGACGAUGAUGAAGUACAAAAUCAUAAACACCCAAAAAUUUGGGUGUUUAUGGGGUUUAAACCCAAUAAACCCAAAACACCCGGUUUUUACCCACCAGACUUUAAACCCACCCAGGUGGAUUGCCCAUCUCU